UCCUUUUCUUCCUUUUUUUCAGGGCCCCUGAGCACCUGUGUUAUGAGCACGCAUCUUGGUGUUUGCUAAUCAUCUCAAGGCCGUGCCCUGCAGUUCUGAUCCAUUUUAAGUGAGCUGCACUGUGUGGCUGGAGUGGACCUUCAAUAAUGAGUGGUGCAGCUUUGGGACUUGAGAUAGUAUUUGUCUUUUUUCUGGCCUUAUUUCUACUUCAUCGGUAUGGAGACUUCAAGAAACAGCAUAGACUGGUGAUCGUAGCAACUUUACUGGCUUGGUAUCUCUGCUUUCUUAUUGUGUUUAUACUGCCUCUGGAUGUUAGUACGACAAUCUAUAAUCGAUGCAAACUUGCUGUUAACUCCAGCCCAGCAGAAAGCAAUGGCUCUUAUGUUACUCUUGCACCAAGCAAGCAAAGAUGUUUCAAACCAUGGAGUUACAUUCCCGAUGGAAUUAUGCCAAUUUUCUGGCGUGUUGUGUACUGGACGUCACAGUUUUUAACAUGGAUUCUUCUACCUUUCAUGCAGUCAUAUGCUAGGUCAGGAGGGUUCUCCAUUGCUGGAAAGAUUAAAACUGCAUUGAUUGAGAAUGCAAUCUACUAUGGCACUUACUUGCUGAUUUUUGGAGCGUUUUUAAUAUAUGUUGCUGUAAACCCAAAGUUCAAUUUACAAUGGAACCAACUUCAGACUAUUGGGAUAGCUGCUGCAAACACAUGGGGUCUCUUUCUUCUUGUGUUGCUUUUGGGCUAUGGUUUGGUGGAAAUUCCCCGUUCUCACUGGAAUGGGGCUAAGAGGGGUUAUCUUCUCAUGAAGACCUAUUUCAAAGCUGCCAAACUGAUGACUGAAAAAGCAGAUGCAGAGGAAAAUUUAGAGGAUGUUAUGGAGGAAGUCCGUAAAGUAAGUGAGAGUAUCAAGUAUAAUCACCCCUUGAGGAAAUGUGUUGAUACAAUACUGAAAAAGUGUCCUAAUGAGUACCAGGAAAGAAUGGGUAGGAACAUGGAUGAUUAUGAAGAUUUUGAAGAAAGACAGAACAGUUAUCCAAGUGAAAAAAGUUUGGUCAAACUUCACAAGCAGGUAAUUUAUUCAGUACAGAGGCAUCGUCGUACACAGGUCCAGUGGCAAAUUCUUUUAGAACAAGCCUUUUACUUAGAAGAUGUGGCAAAAAAUGAAACUAGUGCAACUCGACAGUUCGUUCAUACGUUUCAGUCCCAGGAACCGGAGAAUAAAAUUGUUCAGUAUUUCUACACACCAACUGUUGAGUGGUACUGGGAAUGUCUUCUACGACCAUGGUUUUACAGGGUUCUUGCAGUCGUUUUGGCCAUGUUCUCUGUAAUUGUCGUGUGGUCAGAGUGUACAUUUUUCAGCACAAAUCCAGUUUUAUCGCUAUUUGCAGUUUUCAUACAGCUGGCAGAAAAGACAUAUAAUUAUAUAUACAUAGAGAUGGCCUGUUUUCUUACCAUCUUUUUCCUAAGUAUUUGUGUUUACUCCACUGUCUUCAGGAUCCGUGUAUUUAACUAUUACUACUUAGCUUCACAUCAUCAGACAGAUGCGUACAGUCUCCUUUUCAGUGGCAUGUUAUUUUGCCGUCUUACUCCACCAUUGUGCUUGAACUUUUUGGGCUUGACCCAUAUGGAUGCAACAAUCUCUCACAGAGAUGCUCAGCCAACUGCUUACACAUCGAUAAUGGGAUCAAUGAGAGUGCUGUCCUUCAUUGCAGAUGGAUUCUAUAUAUAUUAUCCAAUGCUUGUUGUAAUUCUCUGUAUUGCAACCUACUUUAGUUUAGGAACUCGUUGUUUGAAUCUUUUGGGAUUUCAGCAGUUCAUGGGGGACAGUGAAAUGACCUCCGAUUUGAUUGAUGAAGGAAAGGAGCUAAUCAGAAGAGAGAAAAGAAAACGACAAAGACAGGAAGAAGGUGAAAACAGAAGAAGGGAAUGGAAAGAGCGGUAUGGAAAUAGAGAGGAUUCUACCAGAAACAGGGUUGUUCACACAGAACAAAAAGAAUCCAGUUUCUCAGAGACCAAUGCCAAUAGACCACUGUCAAAGUACACCCGAUCAAACGGUAGGACUGAGAGAGAUAGAAUAGAACUUCUCCAGGAUGCAGAACCUUUGGAUUUUAAUGCAGACUCAAUUAAUGAUGACCCUCUUGAAUCAGACUCCGGAAGGUACCAGCCUGGUGGAAGAUACCUGUCAAUGUCUCGAAGCGUAAUAUUUGAUGAUGUCUAAACUCAAAGCUAAGAAAAAUUCAGUGGACAUGUAUUUCCUAAUGAUUGCUUGGAAAAUACUGUAUUUAUGAUAUAUCACAGAAAUAAAGAAGACCAAUUUUGUUUUUAAAAUAAUAAUGAAGGAACAACUAUAUUUUGGAAAUGCACAUGUAUUAGAACUUUACCAAUUAGGACAAGAAUAUGCUUCUUCUACUGUAGAUGUUAUUGUAUGUCCAUGUGGGCUUUUGUGUAAUUACCAAAAGGAGAAAACUAAUAAUUAAGUUAACAGAGAAUAAACUUCAUAAAUAUGUCUAGGGCUCAGCUUGAACAGUAACAUUUAAGUUUUAAAAAGAGCAUUUUUGGAAGGCUUUUUUUUGUUUGUUUGAGCAGAUGCUGUGAGAGUAUCUCGAUGCAUCCAAAGUGCAGUUAUAUCAGUAAUUAUAAUAAACAUUUUCUAACUUUUUUUCCUAGUUGAACUUUUAUGCCUAGUCCAAAAUCUGCUGAUUUAAAUUAAGGCUUCUUUUGGUUAUAGUGGUCUUUGAAUCAGACCCUGCUUAGGCAGAAAAUGUAAUGGCAGGCUGUGUUCAUAAAUCUUGCUGGCACAAAUUUUGGAGCAAUGUGUAUUGAUCAAGAAAGGUAAUUGUUUUUUUCCUUUUCCAAUGCUGUAUGAUGAAUGAUUUUAGUAUGUGUAAAUACUUGAAUUUGGAUGAGGGUUUCACCAUCAUAUAAACAUAUGUGCAAUAGCAAGAAUACAUUCAUAAAUAUAUUUCUGUGAAAGAUUUUUACAGUUUACCUGUUGAAAAUCUUGGCAUAUUGAUGGUUUUUUUAAGUGUAAAAGAAAUCUAAUAGGGAAACUGAGUUAAAUUCUGAAACAUUAUAAUUUGCAUAUGAUUCAGGCACGAUUUACAAUUUUAGAGCAUUUCUUUAGAAGAAGGGAAAUACAUAGCAUGACUAUAUAAUGGUAAACACUUCUUAUGUCCCAAAUGCCCUGUUUGCAUUACAUAUCUGUUUUUAAGGUGCCUGUAUUUUGCAGUAAGUUGUUGCAAAAAGAAUAAAUGCUUACUCAUUUAAAUGCCAUUCAAAAAUGCCAAUUACUAAGUGUAAAAAUGCUUCUCAUUAAUUUCAUUGGUGUAGAUAUAUUUUUGAAUCGUAGUUAGUUGAAUGAAGUUUGAAAUACAAGGUUAAAGAUAUGGUCAUGACAUCUUGUGAAAUUUGAUUAACUUAACUGUUGUUUUAUUGGAAUUUGUCUUAAAUCUUUACCACUUGGAGUUUUAAGUGCGUGUUGCAAAAUGAUGUUGAAUACUGAAAGAGAACAUGCUUCUGUCAUAAAUUCUUAACCAUGCUUAAAAAGAUAGGCAACCUUUAAAGCAGCUAGGACUGAGUUAUUAUGAAAAGUAAAUUUUCAUGAAUGAGAGGUUCUACCAAUUCUUAAAAGUAGUCUUUGUUUUCUGGAGUAACUGUUAAUGGAAAUCUAACUACCUCCUGUGAUUUAGUACAUUAUAUGUUCUAACAGUAGUGGUAUUUGUAAUAUAUCAAUCUGCCUGUAUGAAAACACUGUAUUGUUAUUAUGAAGGAGGAGAAAUACUCUACUUGUGUAGAAAUAAUUAUGUAAAUAAAUGGGCAGGCAUAAAAUGUCAGUUUUGUUCUUAGGUGAAUACACUGAAUGACAGCUAUGCCCGCGUGCGUCCAAGCUCAUGCAAUUUCCACUUUACCUGUAAGAGGGCACUUUUUUAGUUUGUGCAUUUUGUGUAUUGUAAAAGUUUGAUCAAAAUCUUAUGGCUGUAUCAGGAACUGUAAGUUGAGAAAGAGACGCUUUUUUUUAUCCAGGCUGUUCUUUAGCAACUUUAUAAUAGUACCUAUUUAAUUUAUAUUAGCUAUGUUUAGAAACACUAUCCUGAAUCCAGCCUUAUCUGAAAGGGGAUGUAUGUUUUGGACAUCUAUCAAUAUGAAUGUUCCAAGACUUUAUAUUUCUAUUUUUAUAACUUGUAUUUCAUUUAACUGCCCAACAGUUUUUGUGAAAAUCUGUGAAUGAAAUAAAGGUGCAAGAUCUUAAUUUAAUUCUUGAAAUGUUACUACAAAGGGAUCUAAUUCAGUGCUAGUGGAAAAAUCACAGAAGGGAUGUUUGCUUAUCUGAAUGCUUGUGAAUUAUUCUUACCUAGCUGCAGUUUACUUCAGAGCAAUGGUUUAAGCCUUCUCAGGGCUUGAUUUUUCCCCUCUGUGAAAUCAGUGGAACAGUUGCUAGCAGAAUUUCCUAUUGAAACAUGGUCAGGAUUUAAUAUAUAAAAGCUAACUAGUCCCUAGUUUAAGCCCUCUGAGCAGUUUUCAUGGGGAUAUAGUGACUGGAGGAGCUGACUUUAUAAAUUAAUGGCAGUGGGGUUUCAGUUGCUAAUACAGAAAUUCUGAGCUCAUUGAGAUAGGAAUCCACUGACUUUCUUCGGAUGUUGGAAUGAAAGAGUAACUGAUGGCUGCUUUUUGAAAGCCCAGAAAUCAGAGCUUCUAAAAUAUCUCAAGGGUUCUCCCCGGGUUUGUGCUUGGAGAUCCCCAGUGUCACAUAGUCCCUUGAUAUUGGGAACUUACAUAAGGAGUUGACAAGUGAAAGCAGUAUUUUAUCCAUGUGUUCAUUACUGACCAACAGUUAUGCUUGCUUUAAGUAAGUGCAAUUUGUAGGCUGAUUAAAGUUUCAAAAAGUAAUUGUUAGAGCAGAUGACUAAGUCUGGAAAACUUUCAACAAAAAAUGCAGGGUACAAUUAUAAAAGAGUGUUGUAGAAAUAAGUUGUAUGCCUGCAUGACACUUGCUGCAUACCUGAGCUAGUUUUAGACUCAUUUGGUUACUGCUAAUAAAAACAAUGCAAAACUUUUGCUUGGGAGAUAAGUGCCUGAGGAUUUAAACACACACACCCUCCCCCAACCAAACGCUUGCCGAGUUCUUUGAUACUCUAAUUCUACUCCUAAUAGUAGCCUAAAAUAUAUAUAUAUAAUAAAUUAAAAUCAACUUUGGUAUAUUUAAGCAAUGAUUGUAAUAUGCUGAUGGUUUUCUUGCAGCACAUUUGAUACUCUGGAUUAUAUGAUUUAAAAUAAAACUGUCUUGCAAAGUGUGCUUUUUGGAAACUGAAUGUUAGCUUAUUGAUUUUGUCAGUAUACAGUCAUAUUUAUUUCAAUUAUAUCUUUUUUUACGGUCUUGCUUUUUGAAUUACUGAGCGGCUAGGGUAUACUUUGAUUUUAUCACCAUUAGCACACUUUCCUCAAGCCAUGGACACCAGCACCACCACCCAAAAAAAAAAAAACACAACAAAACAAUAAACACACCAAAAAUAAACAAUACCCAAGCUAAUAAUAAACGUUUGAAUAUUUUCAAGUCAGAUACGUAAACCAGUGAAACGAAUCCACAUAAAUUGUCAGGAACUUUCAAAAGUGGGAAUGAAGACAGUAACUACUUUAACGCUCUGUCAGUGCUGGAUUUCUUUAAAAGUAUGGAGAGCAAAAAGCUCUGUUCAAACUUCCUGUUCCUGCUGGAUCUGUAUUUCUGUUCUCAAACAUUUAGAAAUAUACACAUCCUGAUAACUACAGUGAGAAGUGCGUCCUCUGCAGUUGAAGUAAGGUGCAGCUCUUAGCAAUGUGAAGUGAGGAAGUCUUUUUAUGAGGGAACAUAAAGGAGACAUUUAACAAACUAUGUAAAGGACAUAGAGCAAACUAGACUACAUUUUAUCACUUAUGUACGGUAACAAACUAUACUACUGUAACUUACACUACCGGAAAAAUCACAUCUAAUAUGUCUUUGUUUUACAAUCAAGCACCUGUAAAAUAAAUUGUCUUUAACAGUAUUAAUGGGAGUAGUAGAAAGCUGCUAACUUUUUCAAUAUUCUUGCUAUUUUAAAUCACAAGCAUGAUGAGUUCUAGAUACGAAGUAUUAACAGUGGUUACUCUGAUUUUCUGUAAUUAUAAUUUUAUUAAAUUUAUCUUGGAAUACCGUGUUAUAUGAAAAAUACAUUAUUUUGUUGCAGUUUUCAUUAUUGGUGUUAAUUACUUGCAAUCUGAAGGGCAUUUAUGAUACCAGAGAUCACUUUAUGAAGGAAGAUUUUUUAUGAGGCUUAAGGAAAUCUGGCCUAUUCAUAACAGAGCAAUGUUUGAAUCUUAAACAGAAAUGUUACUUAUUGCAUAUGUUCUCUCCUAGAUUUCAACUUCUGUUUAAAAUUCAGAAAAUGAUUGAUUUUUACAAAGCAACUUAUUGGUGAAUCUUGUAAAUCUUUUGAAAUUUUUACAUUCCUUUUCCCUACUGAGCUCUGCAGGAAUAUGUGCUGCUUCAUGGCAGUUCUAUUAAUACUAUCUGUGCCUCUAAUUAAGUAGUCUAGACUGAAGCUGAGACACUCCUACACCACUUAUGUUAAUAGAAACCCAGCAUUCCUAGCAGAAUAGCACCUUGAACUAGAUCCCUUUCUAGUAUAUUGAUUGCUGUCGUUGAUUGUUGCAUUAAAUUUGGUAUCUUCUGUUUCAGUCAUAUGGUAAUCACCAUCAGGUUUGUUCUUUUUUUUCUAUUAAAGUGCACUGGAAUGUAUUCCUCAGCAUGUUUAAUUUUGUGUGUGUGUGUUUUAGUUGUAAUUGGCAGGCAAUAAUAACAUGCACAUUCAGUUAUUUCUUCAGGAUAAUAUUGUUAUAUUUGACAUUUCUAUGAAUUAUAAUAGUUUGAUAGCUUAGCUAUCACCGUAGAAAUUAUUUUCUGUAGAAAUAUGUUUCUAUGGAAGUAUCUGGAAGACAAGGGAAAUUAUUUUUAAGUGUAGCUAUAGUAGUAGAAGACAUUUAUUCUCCAAUGUAUUUUGAGGAUAGGCUGUAGGAGUGCUGCUUAUGGAUAGACUAGCUUUGCCUUAUGAUGCAAGUAUGUGUGAAUAAAACCUUGUUUUGGAAUUCACUGAGUAAUGAAUUUUUCUGUGUAUUAAAUUAUUGAUGUACUGGAUAUAUUUUUGAAUCGUAUGUCAAAGAGUUAAGUUGGCAUGAUGAAAUAAAUCAUUUCUGCAAUACA